AUGGUCGACUUCAUUUCAGAAGAAUUCCAAAGAACUCCACUGGGCGAAGCAGACCGCAACUACCUUGCACAACACGAUAUCAGCCCAUCAAUCCCCGAUCGUAUCCGAACGGUAGCCCCAAAAAUCCUUAUUGGAUGCGGAGACCUCUUUGACCUUUUCGAUGACGGAUUCGCUAGUACUCACGAACUUCCAUCGGAACUCAAAGCUCCCCACUCAAAGAUUGGAUAUCUUGUAACUGGGCGUAAUCGAAACACAACAGAAGAACCACUUGCGCAGGUAAAUAAGCUAUGUACAGUUCAGAGCGAGGAUCUUAACGAUGAACUCAGUAAACGGGACAAAUUCUGGACCCUCGAUUCAGCCGGAAUCGACGAAUAUAUGGGACCUAAAUCCCAAGAGAUUGAAGAACAGAACCAGAAGAUCUGGAGUCAGUUCCCCGAAACCGCACAGUACUGCGACAAUAAAUACUUCGCCCGACUUCCGUGGAAAGGUCCAAUUGACGAUCUUUCUGAUAACCGUGCGAUCACUUGCGAUUCUCGAUCGAUUGCGAAGCGUCCUAACAAAAAUUAA